AUGGGUAGAGUAAAGAUAACAGACGCCCAGCGGUUCAUGUCAGACUGCCUGAAGGCUGUCGGCACUACGAGCAAGGCAGCUGACCUGCAGGCCGCGUUGCUGAUCCAGGCUGAUACGUUUGGACACCCUAGUCAUGGACUGAAUCGAUUAGAAAUGUAUAUCAACGAUAUUUUAAGUGGUGCCUGCAAACCCAAUAACCAGCCAAAGAUUCUGAAGGAAUCCCAGUCGACAGCGUGGGUCGAUGCCAACAACGUGCUUGGUGCUACCGCCAGCCAGUUCGCAAUGGAUAUAGCUAUCAAAAAGGCUCAGGAGACUGGCGUAGGAUGGGUGUCAGUAAAAGGCUCCAAUCACAAUGGAAUGGCUGGUUUCUGGUCUCAAAUGGCAGCAGAUAAAGGUCUCAUUGGAAUGGCUUUCACCAACACCUCACCCUUGCUAGCGCCGGCUAGAAGUAAACAGGCAGCUUUAGGAACCAAUCCUGUGUCAGUAGUUGCACCUGCCUCGAAGGGUGAAUCCUUCUACCUCGACAUGGCCACCACUGCAGUUGCUGUGGGAAAGAUUGAAAUGCAACUUCGUAAGGGCGAGCCCAUACCCCACGGCUGGGCACAAGGACCUGAUGGCAAGGAGACUACAGACGCUCAAGUGGCGUUCGAUACGAAGUGCCUAAUGCCGUUGGGUGGUAAUGAGACCACAUCUGGCUACAAAGGAUACGGGCUAGCAGCGAUGGUGGAGCUUUUCUGUGGAAUAUUGUCAGGUGCUAACUACGGACACCACGUACGGUCAUGGUCCCACGCGGGCGACGGUGGACCAGCCAACCUGGGGCACUGCUUCGUGGCUGUCGACCCUGAACGGUUCGCGCCUGGUUUCGGAGACCGCCUCGCUGACUGCAUACAACAUUGGCGACAGUUGGAACCAACGGAUCCUAAUCUGGCCGUGAUGGCUCCAGGAGACAAAGAGAAGAAAGCGGCGGCAGAAGCAGAAGCCAGCGGCACAGUGUCAUAUGUUCAACAACAGAUCGAGUCUAGUGCAGCGCUUGCGGAAAAACUCAAAGUGAAACCAAUGCAAGUUGAAGUUGAUCUUCAAUAG